AUAAAGAGAGGCAGUGGCCAAUGCUCAAAUGAAACCCGUCGCUGUUCUGCUUCUGUUCCUUAAUUUCUGCAUGUAUGCCAUUGUUUUAGGGAUUGGUGGAUGGGCAGUCAAUAAAGCUAUUGAUAAUGGUUUUAUCAUCGGACCUGGCUUCGAGCUUCCGGCGCAUUUCUCAACCAUUUACUUCCCCAUGGGAAAUGCUGCCACCGGAUUCUUCGUGACAUUUUCUAUGCUCGCCGGAGUUGUCGGUGUAGCAUCCGCAAUCGCUGGUAUCAACCAUAUCCGUUCAUGGCAUGCUGGUAGCUUGCCAUCAGCAGCUUCAAUUGCUGGCGUUGCUUGGACUCUUACUUUACUCGGCAUGGGGUCAGCCUCUUAA